AUGGACGCGGUCUCUGUGGAUUCCGUUAAUCCAGCUGAGGCGCAGGCCAUCGCCGACCGGUAUGCACGAGACCCGGAGCAGGAGGCCCAUUUCUAUGAUCGUUCACUACGGAAAGUUGCUGUGGACCAGUGUGUCCGCGCGGCGAUCAACGACGGAAGUUUCACGGUCCUCAUGGGUUUGGGAAGAGGCCUCGCAGUGACGCGGAACCUGGUGGCCUCGGUGACACUAUUGCUCCAGAAUGUUGGAACCGCUGGGCCAGUCAUAGAAGAAGAGGAGUUGUAG